AUUAUGUUUUGAAUACUGCCCCUCCAGAGAGAAGACACAGUUCGGCCAUGAAGCCAGCCUCCACCUCGCCCUUCCCCGUGUCGGGCAGGAACCGGAGCAGUGGGCUCGGGUCCCUGCUGGGCUCGGGCUCUGCAGCUGGAGUGGCAACUGGAGGCAUCCUUAGCCGACCUAACACAGCUGGAUCCAGUUUAUCCUCCUCAGCGUCCUCCGCCUCCUCCAAUCCCAAACUCCUCAAACCAGCCAAAGAGAAGCAGCCAGGCAUUCAGCGAAGAGCCCCCUUUGCACCCUUCAGGACGCCCCAGCUGGACAAGAUCCUCACCCCGGCUGUCAAGGUGGAGAAGAUGCAUCUGAGGGUGGACUCCUCGUCAGCUAAGCUGGUGCAGGCCCCGUCUGCCCCAGCCACCACCUCCCCCUCCUCCACAUCCUCCUCUAGCACCACUGUGAGCUCCAACACUACCACCAUCACCACCUCCUCCUCAUCCUCAUCAUCAGCCCUUAAACCAGGCCUUAACUGUCCCUCCAUACCAAAGCCUCCAUUACUGGCCCCGGGUCAGAUUCCCAACGGCAAGGGCCACCUCUCAGUCCUCUCAGACAAGAAGCAGGACGGCAGCAGCAGUGCCAGUAGCAGACGCCACGUUAACAAGAAAGUUACAGAGCGCGAGUACAAUGCAGAUGUCCACUGUGGCGUUGUGGAUUUGACCGCUCGGAAAACAUGCACAAGAUCGCUAACAUGCAAGACACAUUCCUUAAGCCAGCGGAGAGCGGUGCCAGGGCGGAGGAAGCGCUUUGACACGCUGCUGGCGGAGCACAAGAGCAGAACGAGGGAUCGGGAGAAGGAGAAGGAAAAGGAGAAGGAGAAGGAGAGAGAGCUCCAACAAACCCAUUCCCAGCAGAACCCCUCUCUCAGGGACCCUCACCCCUCCUCCCACCUCGCCGCUGCCCAUGACGCCCACCAGGUCGCUCAUGUCAACGGCCCCGCCACAGAAGCCAUUAAGCCUUUGCCAAUCGGCAAGCCCAAAUUUCACAGCCCUGGUCUUCCACGACUAAACAGCAGUCAUGGAGGUGUAACCCCCGGUGACCCUGCAGUUGUCCAAGAGUCACCCCACCACGCCCAGACCACCCCCGAUGGGUUUUCCCGACCCUCCAGUGACGAGGGAGAGAACGAGGAGCGGGAGGACAGCGCUGACAAACUGGACUGUCACUAUUCAGGUUAUCACCCUCGACCGGCAGCUAUUUACUUACCUCUAGUCCAACAUACUCUCAACUCCAUAAACGUCCAGAAGCAGGACGUUUGUCGACAGGGUGUCCCCGUGGCGUGCAGUUGUGACGCGCUCUAG